AAAACAGAAUGUGCUAUCGUGUAAAGAGUAAUCCCGAUAGGAACAGCGAGGAACAUGUCUGAGGACGAUUCAAUUGCUUUGUCACUGAGGCAGUCUCCCCGUGUUCGCGAGAGGGAGACUUCGUUAGGUCCCGCUCCUUCUAACACACUUUCGCCAUCACUCAAACCAAAAGCGGGGGCCAAACUUAAACGGUUCAAGUCCAAACCACAUCUCAAGCGAUCAUCAUCUGCUGGAGCCAAUUACAAAUUGGUGUUUUCUGUCGAUGAUGAUGUGGACGAUGAUAUAAUCGAGGAAGACGCCGCCAAUGUAGGAGGCGGCUCUGGGGCACAUUUGUCCAAGACUGAUAAGGAGUACCUUGAAGGGUAUAACGAUGCCUUACGCUCAUUGUAUCAACGCCGAGGUCGUUCCAGAUUGACAGAUGACAGCGAAGAUGGGUCUCGAGCUGCAAGUCUGAGUCGCCACAAUCGGUUCAAGGCAGUUCCGGUAGACUCGGAACACCUUCCUGGAGCUUCCUCGUCAAUUAAUGUAGAGUCUCAAAUAAUCAAAAAUUUACUCGGAGCGGAAGAAAGGUUAGAAAAUCUUGAACGUGAGGGUAAAGUAGCCGAUUCAAAUAAUUCCGACGAGGAAAGACCUCCCACUAUAGUGGAAACUGACGAAGAAGGCACUGAAGGACUGGGACGUAUUCAGUUUAAUAACAAUGUUGGCGCCGAUGACCAAUCCCCAGGUAGCAAUUCAGAUUCAGCUUCACUUCUUUCUUCAACUUCGUCCCUUGAAUCGCUCAAUCUUAGAGAGCGUCAAGAUGCCAUCAAUUCUACCCAUCCUUUCGGUAUCAAGAUUUGGAAGCCCUCCCUUUAUAAGAAGAAACGUUCGGUGGCAACUAGAGCUGAAGAGGAUAUUCAUGACUAUGACUUGAGAGAACCUACCUACCGGAUCUUUUGGGGUGUCUACUUAUGUAAUAUCAUUUGGUCAUGUACUUUCGGUCUUGGUCUAUAUCUUGUUUGUGUUUUUGGAUGUCUCUUGGUAUUUGUCUUCUCUGGAUUUGGUCUUCAUCGAUCUCUGAGACGUUAUGUCCAACUUCUAUUCAGUGUUGCAAAGUAUUGGUUAUUCCCAUUUGGAAAAUUUGUUCUUCUUAACAAGGAUAAAAAUUACAUGGAUGAAGAUCAAUUGGAUGGGAGAUCUUUAGUAGAAUUUCAACGUUGGAGAGAACAAGAAGAAGGUAGACUUUUCUUUGCACCUCCAAGAAGAUAUACCACCAAUUCUGAAUCAAGACCAUUACUCAAGGACCAUAAAGGAAGACCAUUGAGUGAUGCAUAUUCAUCAUUGGGAGAUCAAACUGACCCUAAUGUAUCCAGUGCAACAAUUGAAGAUGAUGCUGAUGAAGAACCAUUUGAAAUUUCCGAUAUCAAAAAGAGAUUUUUCGGUAGAGGUAGUUGGUCUUCAGGGAGAUUAAUGUUUUAUCUUUACUUCUACAUAGUCAUACAACCAAUUCUCUUUGUGAUUUCUUUCUUUUGUUGGUUGUUUGUAUUCACGAUCCCUAUGGCGAAGAUUAUGUCAAUUAUUUGUGAUCAUCUUAGAAGACAUCCUCUUGCACUUCAUUUUGAACUUGAAAAGGAAUAUUAUGACUCUCAAGGGAAUGAAAGUGAAAGUCUUCAAAAUAAGAGAAAACACCAACUGAUCAUUAUGUGUACAUAUAGAUGUUGUGGGUUCCAUUACUACAAGUAUACUAUUGAUGGUACCAACAUCUUCUUUAUUAAUUUAUUGAGUGUUGUUGUCUUUGUUAUUUUGGAUUACUACUUACUCAAGGAGAAUUUUGGUUUCGAAUCAUGGUACACUGAGCCAACAUUUAUAUUUUGUGCCUGUUUGUUUUCCGUUAUCCCAUUGGCAUAUUUUAUUGGCCAGGCUGUCGCUUCCAUUUCAGCGCAAUCGUCAAUGGGUGUAGGUGCAGUUAUCAACGCAUUCUUCUCAACAAUUGUUGAAAUCUUUUUAUAUUGUGUGGCUUUGAACCAAUCUAAGGGUAAAUUAGUUGAGGGAUCUUUGAUUGGGAGUAUAUUGGGAGGUGUUCUUCUUCUUCCAGGACUUUCCAUGUGUGGUGGUGCCUUAAAGAGGAAAACUCAAAGAUAUAACCCUCGUUCUGCUGGUGUUUCUUCAACCAUGUUACUUUUUGCGAUGGUUAUGAUGUUUGCCCCAUCUAUGUUUUACCAGAUCUAUGGUACAUAUGAAAUUAUCUGUACCAAAUGUUCUGCCACUAUGAUGGGUAGUCCAAUUGAAGAUGACUGUACAAAGUGUAGAUUUAUUCAAUCUUCCUUCACCUUGGAUGCGCUCUAUCAUACAGUGAUCAGACCAUUUUCUUUGAUUGUAGCACUCGCAUUGUUCCUUGCUUAUACUACUGGUUUGUACUUUACUUUGAGAACACAUGCUUCAUUGAUUUGGGCUACAAACUCACAUGAACAAACAGCUGCUACGAAAAGGGAGGAAAAUGUUGCAAGAACACCAAGUGUUAUAAGUUUAGAAACUCCAAAAAAGUCAACAGUUGUUCAACCUGAUGGGAAGACUAAAGUGAGAAGUGCACUUUCAUCUCCAACAAUUGAAAUCGGUAAACAAAGGUUCCCAUUAGUUCAAAAACCUUCUUCUGGAAAUAUGCCCACCACAAAACCAAAGACUCCAAACCAAGAGCCUUCGAAGAGGAACAGCCUUAAAGAUAUCCAGGAAAAUUCCACCCAACUUCAAGAAGAAGAUGAAACUACAGGUGGCCACGAUGCUCCUAAUUGGUCAAGAAAGAAAUCUACAGUUAUCUUAUUGGGUGCAACACUAUUAUACGCUAUUAUUGCCGAAAUCUUAGUUGAUAAUGUGGAUUCUGUCCUUUCCGAUUUCCCGAUUAACCCAAAAUUUCUCGGGUUGACGGUAUUUGCAUUAGUUCCUAACACUACCGAAUUCUUGAAUGCUAUUUCCUUCGCUGUCGGUGGUAACGUGGCAUUGUCGAUGGAAAUUGGAAGUGCAUAUGCUUUGCAGGUCGUUCUUAUCCAAAUUCCAUCUUUGGUGGUUUACUCCAUUUACAAGAAUUUUAAGGAUGUAGACAUGCUUUUCACAUUAGUGUUCCCUAGAUGGGAUAUAAUAGCAACCUUGAUGUCCAUAUUCCUUUUUACUUACAUUUAUGCAGAAGGGAAAUCGAAUUACUUCAAGGGGGUGAUUUUGAUACUCAUUUAUUUUGUUGCUCUUAUUGGAUUCUGGUUUAAUGAUAAGAUUGAAGAUUUAGACGGCGCAAGUGUUAACAGCCGCUUUGCUGCAAUGGGGAGUAUUUACUAACAAAGCCUUACAUAUAUAUGACAUAUAAAAUAAAUGAAAAAAACAAA